AUGAGUGAACCGAAGUUCGUAUAUAUACGUGAUCUUACUCCGUCUAUGAAAAAUGUUAACUUGCAAUUCAUCGUACUGGAUGUUGGCGUUCCUCGCCGUACUAGGGAUGGUAGUGAAAUCCGAACCGUUAGAAUUGCAGAUAAGAGCGGUUCGGUAAAUUUGGCAGUAUGGAAUGAAAACGGUUCUUCUCUUCAGCCGGGUGACAUAUGUAGACUGAUAAACGGUUAUUCUUGUGUCCAUAAAAGUUGCCUUUCGGUAACAUGCGGAAAGUUGGGUGAACUGCAGAAGAUAAGCGAGUUCACUAUGGUUUUUAACGACUAUCCGUUCAUCAGUGUACCGAAUCCUGACUUGGCAAAGUUUGAUGUGCCUCCUCAGAAACGCUCUCCUCCUCAGGAUGGUAGUAGUGGUGGACCUUCAGAAUCCGCUCCUGAUUCUUCGUCUUUGCCGAACAAAACUUCGAGGAAUGGAAUAAACGCAAACAGCGGCUCCAUCAAUGGUCUCGGCAAUGCUUCUGAUGGUAACGGUAGUACCGCUGGAUGA